UCCGUGCGUUCUCGCUAACAGCACUUACCCCAAUAGUCUGCUCGAGGCUAUAGAGGACCUUUGUCUUUGUGUGUGUUUCUAUCGGCGUAUGUGUGUAUUGGUGUGUGUGUGUAUGUCGCUUUCAUUCAUGCAGUCGUCACUCACAGUCGCGUAUGCGCACGUACACAGUCACGUAUGCGCUCGCACUCAGCCCCUAUGUACACGCACACAUGCAAAUACAAGUAUCCCCCCAAAUGCCACCUCCAACCACCAAGCCCAGCCGUCUUUGUCUCCCCAGUGCUAAUGUUUACAUGCCGUAAAAAAAAAACACGCGUCGAUUCUUACACAAUCGAAUCGAUUUUGGGAUACUAUGAGUUUUAGUCGAUAUGUCAAUCGAUUAACCGUUACAUUGAACAAAACCCACGAACGAUAAGAUUCGAGAUCAUAGAUUCUAUCGAAUACUCGAUAUUUGAUUCUUGCCAUGAGCAUCAAGAACAAGGUUAUUGAAGCUGCUCCCGUUGACCGCGUGGAUGGCUCGGCGAGAGAGAGAGCUGGGUCCCAAGCUCGACACGAAGACGUUGGUGACGUCUGAGGCCACAAGUCCAGACUUACGGAUCUUGGGAAUCCCGUGGGCGAGACGGGAGAAGCCGUGCACAGGUGCGGAGGAGAACACGGGGCAAGAUGAACGCGCAGUGGGGCGCGCCACAGGGCACGGGGGUCCCCGCGGGUCCCCUGACACCCGGGAGUCCCUCGGAGGUGACGUUCCAGAAGCUGGAGUUCCUGAGCCUGCAGCAGCUGCGGGGACUGCUGGAGAACGAAGAGAAACUCGCGGAGAUGGUGCGAGAGCGAGACGAGGUGCAGUGCGUGGAGCUGGAGCGGUGCACGGCCGUGGCGAGCACGCGGAGCCUCGCGGAGCUCAACAUGGGCCUGGAGCCCCAGCUGGCGCUGUCGAGGGCCGUGCUGAGCAGCAAGUACCAGCAGCUUCACGAGCUGCUGCGCCACUACCAGCGCAAGCAGCGCCAGCUCGCCGAGAGUUUUGACGGCAGCUGCUGCCCGGAAACGCUGCUCGCGCUGCUUCAAGCGGAAACAGCCAAGGCUGAGGAGGAGGCCGAGGUGAGUGAUUGGCGAUCGAGAGACGAGAACACGGAGAGAGAGAGAGAUGAGGGGACACACAGCUCGGGGAAGAUGCCGUGGCCGAGAGCUUCCUGGCGGGCGAGCUGCCGCUGGACGACUUCGUCGAGAGCUUCCUCGCCCGACGCUCGCUCAUCCACUUGCGGCGCGCCAAGGCCGACAAGCUCAAGGAGAUGCUGCUCGACCAGUGAGGGGGUGAAUGUGGCACCACAGACCCAGGGUGCGGACGGACGGACGGACGAUCAGGUGCGGUUGAACCCCUCCACCGUGAAACGAGACCCAACCUGGGAAGGGACUUCAUGGAGAGACCCUCCUCGUGAAGUUCCGACCGCGAAACCACCACCGUGACAGCCCUGCAUUGUAGCGUGACCCGUUGUGUGGGAGUCGUUGAUCGCGUGCCGCUGGGAAUUUCUGCUCGGUAAUGCCGGGCAGCUUACCCGGCGAUGCUGUUGCCAGUGGUGCACAAGCACAAUGAAAACUAAACUUUUUCUGUAUUUUACCACGUAAGGCCCACUGAGCCGCUGUAUAGCUAUUUUUCAGAAGCGACCAGCUACAAAUGGUAGCUCAGCAAAGUGGC